AUGUCGGCCAAGGACUACUACGGCGGCCAGCAGGGUGGCUACCCUCAGCAGCAAGGCUACCCUCAGCAAGGCUACGGCCAACAGCCUCAGCAGGGCUACUACCCUCCCCCUCCUCAGCAGGCUUACGGUGGCCAGCCCCAACAGGGCUACUACGCCCAGCCCCAGCCCCAGCCUGUCUAUGUCCAGCAGCCGCAGAAGAAGGGCGGCGGCGCAGGCGGUGCCGGUGCCUGCUGCGCGUGCUGUGCUGGUAUGCUUGCCUGUUGCUGUCUCGAGGACCUCUGUCUUGGUACGUAG